AUGGACGACGACGACGAGGCCGACGACGUGGAGGCCGACGACGACGAGCAACGAGGCCGAGGCCUACCGGCAUCUGUGCCCGCCAACCACGCGUGCGGCGGCGGGCGCGCGACACACAUGGCGGCGGGUGGCAAGUCCAGUCCUCGGAAAACCGCGCGCAGCCGAUGCGAGAUGAUUUUUUUCCUUUGUGUCGGCCGCCAUCCGUCGUCUCAUUGGGUCGCCUCUGGUCGGUCUGAGGUCAUUGCGCGCGGGAAGACCGGAUCCUUCGGACCUCGGGAGGCCAACGGCACCGGCACCAGCGCGUGCUCGAGCGCACCGCACGCGCACGGCGCCGUCGAUUCCAGCGCAGCACCCACCGUCGGCCGACAAGGUGCUGCGCGAGAGGCGUGCGGCGCGGGCGCGGGCAGGGUGGGCGAGCGAGCAUCGAUCGGUAGGUACAUGGAUGCCCGCGCAGCAUACGCGCAUGCGCAUGUGGUCCGUACUGUACUCCGUACUUGCAUGUAA